GUCAAUGUCAAUUGUCACAGUUUUUUGACACAUCCUUUCUUUACCGUUCACGUUUACAUGUGUGAAAUAUUUGUACCUUAGAAAUACCAAAUAUUUUCCGGUUGAACUAAUAACGAGCGAAGAUGAGUAGAUUUUUUGCUGGAUCCGAUUCAGACUCGGAUAGCUCUUCUGAGGAAGAGGUUAUUCAACGCCCAGUAGUUCCUACGUACACUUUCAGCGAUGAUGAAGAAGAAGUUAAACGAGUCGUUCGAUCAGCUAAAGAGAAACGCUACGAAGAACUUACUAAUAUUAUUAAGCAAAUACGCAAUUACAAGAAGAUUAAAGAUAUGUCCAGCAUGCUGACUAGUUUCGAGGAGAUUCAGAAGGCGUAUCAAAAGGCCAUUCCUGUUAUUAAUAAGGAGGAAAACGGCCAAACUCCCAGAUUUUUCAUUCGAUGCCUUGCAGAAAUGGAGGAUUUUAUAAAUGAAAUGUGGGAGGACAGAGAAGGAAGGAAGAAUAUGAGUAAAAAUAACAGCAAAUCUCUUACUUCUAUGCGUCAAAAAUUAAGGAAAUACCUGAAGGAUUUCGAAGAGGACCUAGUGAAAUUUAGAGAAAAUCCUGAACAGCCUGACGACGAAGAAGAAGAUGAGAAAGUUGAAGCAGAACCCGAUUCCGAAAACGAGGCAGCUUCGAAGAAUCAAUUCUUGAAGGCUCCUGCAAAACAACAAGUAGUCGACGACAAGGAAGAGUCUUCAGAUGACGACGAUGAUUGGCCCUCAGACUCAGAAACCAGUUCCACUUCUUCCGAAGACGAUGAAGGCAAAUACGCCGGUAAAUACAACAGGAAGCGCUUCUUGAAGGACCGCGGACCAGAACACGAGGAUGACGAAGAAAAAGAACGCAAAAAGGAUGAAAAGAGGAAGGAGAGAAAGGAGAAGGAUAGGCGGAAAAUCAAGAAGGAAGACGAAGAAGAUGGCGAAGGCGAAUGGGAGACUGUUAGAGGAGGCGUUGCUAUUCCCAGUGAGAAGCCUAAGAUGUUUGCGAAGGAUGCCGAGAUCGACCUGAAUCUGGUUAUAAAAAAAUUGAGUGAAAUCAUGGCAGCCAGAGGGAAAAAACGUACUGAUCGUCGUGAGCAAAUUGAGCUGCUUCACGAACUGCAAAACGUAUCUGAGCAACACCAGCUGGGCGCUGCUAUAUCCGUCAAAAUCAAACUCGCUAUAAUAUCGGCCAUAUUCGACUACAAUCCGAAAGUUUCCGAUGCAAUGAAGCCGGAGUACUGGCUCAAGUUGCUCGAAAGAAUGGCCGAAAUGCUAGGGGUUCUUUUGAACGCUAACAAUUUGGUUGUCUCCGAUACCAUCACUGAGGAAUUGGAGAAUUUGGAGGAGCCUCCUUACCGCAUCAGAGGCUGCGUUUUGACGUCCGUUGAAAGACUGGACGAUGAGUUCACCAAGCUACUUAAGGAGUGCGAUCCUCAUAGCAACGAGUACGUGGAACGGUUGAAGGACGAAUGCAAAGUGUCCAAUAUCAUCGAUAAAACCAUGCAGUACUUGGAGAGAACGAACGUUCCCUCUGAAUUGUGCAGAAUUUAUCUGAGAAAAAUCGAACAUCUGUACUACAAGUUCGAUCCCAGAGUAUUACAGCAAAAAUCCGGCGAUGCGGCCCUUAAAGACGAAUAUACAUCCGUCCAAGAAAUGGAGAAACUCUGCAAGUUUAUUUACGCUAAAGAUAACACGGACAGAUUGAGAACCAGGGCUAUUCUGUCCCACAUCUACCAUCACGCCUUGCACGAUAAUUGGUUCCAAGCCAGGGACCUCGUUCUCAUGUCUCACUUGCAAGAAACCAUCCAGCACUCUGAUCCUAGUACUCAGAUACUCUACAACAGGAUGAUGGCUCAUUUGGGUCUCUGCGCUUUCAGGCACGCCAACAUUAAAGACGCUCACAAUUGCUUAGUCGAUCUAAUGAUGACCGGGAAACCCAAGGAACUGCUCGCCCAAGGUUUGCUUCCCCAAAGGCAACACGAGCGCAGCAAGGAACAGGAGAAAAUCGAAAAGCAGCGCCAAAUGCCCUUCCACAUGCACAUCAAUCUCGAACUCCUGGAAUGCGUCUACCUGGUCUCGGCGAUGCUGAUCGAAAUUCCCUACAUGGCGGCGCACGAGUUCGACGCCCGGCGCAGGAUGAUCUCGAAGACGUUCUACCAGCAGUUGCGCAGCUCCGAGCGCCAGAGCCUGGUGGGGCCGCCGGAGAGCAUGCGCGAGCACGUCGUGGCGGCGGCGAAGGCCAUGCGGAACGGCAACUGGUCGGCCUGUAACAAUUUCAUCAUCAACGAAAAAAUGAACGCCAAGGUUUGGGAUUUGUUCUACCAGGCCGAUCAAGUGAGAGAUAUGCUCACCAAGUUGAUCAAAGAGGAGUCGUUGAGGACCUAUUUGUUCACGUAUUCUCACGUGUACGAUUCGAUAUCGAUGCAAACUUUGGCCGAUAUGUUUGAUUUGGGGAAGCCCGUCGUUCACUCGAUUAUUUCUAAAAUGAUCAUCAAUGAAGAGCUGAUGGCGUCGUUGGAUGAUCCGACUCAAACUGUUGUUAUGCACAGAAGUGAACCUUCUCGUUUGCAGUCAUUAGCGUUGCAGCUGGCUGACAAAAUCAACAAUUUCGUGGAUUCUAAUGAGAGAAUACUGGAAACGAAGCAAGGUAACUUCUUCUUGAGAGGUGCCAAUCAGGGUAAUUUCAGGGGAGACAGACAAAAUUACAGAGGAAGCACCAAUCAAAACUGGGACAGGCAGAGGCGCGACAGAGACAGAAAUAGAGAAAAGGACAAUUAUUAAAUUUUUCUUUUAUUUGUAUGAAAAGUAUUUCUGUUGUAACAAUAAUUACAUGAUUGCGCUAAUUGAAUAAUUUCUUUUGACCAUUCAUUCGUGUCUUUUGGUAUAUUUGUAAAAACAUCUAAUUUGCGGCCCAUUUCAUAAAACUUGUCAAUAAAACUUUGUCCAUUACAGGCCUUAUAAAGGUUGACAAUCAUUGAUAAUUGAAAGCUUCAUGAAACUGACCAUUAACACACAAAUUAAGCAAGUCUUAGGAUAUUUGCAAUACUAACAUAAUGAUCGAUUGUAUAAAACUUGAUUAUAUCUAUCUCAGAUUGGUCAAUCACUAUAAUUUUUAUGAUGGGCUAAUCAAAGAUUAAUAAACAAGUUAAAAUCGUCCAUUAUAGUUAAUUGUGGCAUUUGGAUGUGGCAAAAUAAUUAAACGAGCAAUUUAAUUACAAACUAGAUACUCUUAUAUGCCCUAAAUCACAACCGAUGCUGGAUCGGAUUUCUAGCACAAAAAUGUUUUUAUUACCUCCUAAUAAAUGUGUAAAUAAUCACAUUUUCCUGAUUAAUAGCACUUGUAAUGAAACAAUUUUUUAAGCACAGAAAAUGAAAUUCAGUGUAAAGUUGGUGAAUUAAUCCCUGAAAAUUUCAUGUAGAAUUAAACAUUGAGGUAAAUCAUAAAAUAAAUGGUAUUUUAUUCCUUUAGAUCACAAUUGAAAAAGUUAUAACUAUCUAAUAUUGUUAACCAUAUUGUAAUAGUUAAAAUUAAUCAAAACUUUGUUUUUAAGGUCUGCCUAAGUAAAAAUAUUAACAAAAAAAAACAAAUUGAAAAUCUUAACAUUUUUAUAAAAAAAAUACAGUGUUAAGGAUUUAUUCCAAGAAACCAUGCUGUAACUAAAUUUUUGGCUUUUACAAGUUUUAUUUUGGUUUUCAGGUAUAAUGUCAAACUCAAAAAUACACCAAUUCCCUACUGUAGAACCAAGCCUAUAUUGCAAGGCAUCAUGCUAGGACAUCUCCAAUUAUACAAAUAGUAUUGUAAUUUCCCAUCGCCUAUGCCAAACUUCAACUGCAACAAAAACUCCGAAUUAUCCAUCAAAUCUAAGGCAUUGAACACGUCGAAAUCGAGCUGUUUCGCCGAUAUCAGGGCGUCCGUCAUCAGCUGUAUCCAAGGCGUCCCCUUCGACACGUUGUAGAACGAGUAGGCCGCCUUCAGAUUUUUAUGCACCGGAUGUUGCAUUACCGUAGACGGUAAAGUAUAGUAACUAAUGAAAUCCGUUAUUUCACCGUUUACUUCCACAACGAAACUGUCGAUGAUGUUCGGCCUGGGCGAGAACCAAUGCGUGAAAUCUUCCUCCGAGAAAUACGGCGCUAAAUCAAAACGUUGCAAAUACUGAAAUAA